CCUUCCUUUCCCAGCUAUUGCUUUUGUCUUUAAUCAAAAACGUUAUUGCGCUUUAUUCCUCUCCCAAUUCCCUACCUGCUCUAUCUAGCUUAUUUGUACAUUGGAAUAACAUACAUAUUUCCUUCUCCCAUCUCCUUCAGAACGCUGUCGGAAAAAGAGCUUAUGAACCAAAUCGGACAGAUCAUCAUUGCGCCGCAGCAUUUCAGCCAUCCCCUUGCAGCCAGAUUUGAUUUGGCUAAGCUGCAGUUUUUAGAACCCAGGAAUGCGCUUCGUAUCCGAGUCAUAGAAGCCAAAAACCUUGUUGCCAAGGAAAUUUUAACCAAAUCGUCGAACCCUUAUGUUGUGAUAUGCGGAGGAGGAACAACAGCAAAGACAAGGGUGAUACACAAGAACUUGAAUCCAAAGUGGAAUGAGACCUUUGAGAUAUUAUAUUCUGACCUCCCAGACCAGGAGAUAGAAUUUAAUCUCAUCUCUGACAAAGGUGUUAAGAUAAACCAGCAAUUGGGCAGGUGA